UGCUUGAGACGAUCUUGAAAUAAGAUUUGACUAUGAAUACCGGCCUUAUGUCAAUUCAUGUAUGAGGGCCUUUACCGAGGAAAUUUUUUGCUCUGCUGUCCAAAGUCUAUCAUUCGCGGUUGUUAACGGUCAUAUGAUCGUGUGAUAUUGCCAUUUGCCACACCUGUAUCAGCCUGCAUUUUUCCUGUGUGCUAUGUAAAUAGUACUCGCAGUGUUUUGAUAAACCUGUCUAAAUUUUAAUUGUCAAAAAUGGGUAACAGAUCGAGUCUCCUUCUGCGCGAGGAUGAGAUAGCACAGAUACAGAAUGCUACUGGUUUUACACCGAAUCAAAUUGAACGUUUGUAUAGCCGUUUCACGAGUCUGGAUCGUGGAGAUUGCGGUACACUUAGCCGAGAAGAUUUUCUCAGGAUCCCGGAGUUGGCAAUAAAUCCACUUGGUGAUAGAAUCGUAAAUGCCUUUUUCGAAGAAAGUGGAAAUGACAGAGUCAAUUUCCUGCAGUUCAUGCAGGUUCUAGCUCAUUUCAGGCCUAUCAAGAAGAAUAGCCCUAAUCGAUUAAAUUCUAGGCAACAAAAGUUGAGAUUUGCAUUUAAAAUGUAUGAUUUGGAUAAUGACGAUCUUAUAUCAAAAGAUGAACUACUUGCUAUUUUGCACAUGAUGGUUGGUGCAAAUAUCAGUGAAGAACAGCUGACCAGCAUUGCAGAACGGACCAUAGUUGAGGCUGAUGAAAAUGGCGAUGGUAUGAUAUCAUUUGAAGAAUUUUGUAAGGCACUAGAACGUUCGGAUGUUGAGCAGAAAAUGUCCAUAAGAUUUCUCAGUUAAAUUCAUUAAUUUAAAUAAAAUAUAUAAUGCAGAAUUUAUAAGUAAAGGUGUUAUAGGCAAUUAUGUUAUAAAUUUUUACAAUUUCAAGAUUGUGCAAUAUGAACGUCCAUAUGUAAGUACUCUUAUAUACCUGUAAACAAGGAAAGGUAUUUGCAAUUAAGAUUGCAAGAUUUAUAUAAAAUUUUAUAAUAUAGAUAAUAUAUAAAUCUUGUAUUUUUAUGCAAGAAUUGUAGAGUGAAAGAGAAUUGUAAAUGAAUGUACAUAUAUAUAAUAUAUAAAUUAGGUUAUGUAUAUAUAAAAUACUGUGAAUUAUAAGUCAAAGGGAUUAGAAUUGACUCUGAUUUGAUUUAAUUGAUCUUGUAUGUACAGGGCAUGAAAAAAUAUAUUUUAGGAUAAUUAAAAGCAAAUAAAACUAUUGAAAAAC